AUGCCUGCUGGGCGCAGGUCUGGACGCCAAAAAGGUCCUAGGACGGUCUAUGUGAAUGAUCCAUUCCAAACAGCUGGGAUUAGUGAUGACGAUGAUCCAAACGUGAAAAAGAACGCUCCUGCUCGGAGGGCAAGGCACCCCGAGGAAGAAGACUCACAUUCGGAUGAUGAAUUUGUUGGAGUCUCCGAGGAAGAGGCUGAAGAUCCAAUUGAAGAUGAAGAAGAGGCAGCCGAGGGUCAAAUUCAGAACGAGUUAAGAGAAGAUUCGGAGCCAGAGUCUGACGCCUCUGACCCCGAUCAGAUGGAUAUCGACGUUAGUGAAUUUACUCCCAAGAAGCAUGCCUCAGCCUCUCGGCCACGUGAGAUGCAUUUCAGAAAGCGAGCGGCACGUGGAAUUAUUGUGCCUGCUGCAGAUGAGACACAUUCUCGCGGCAUCAUUGACCCUAAAGAUCACUUGUCCAAGGAUAUUCAUUAUGCUCUAACUUUCGGGCCCGACGAGCGAGACAUGAUGGCAGCUAUUCACUCAAGAGGACAAUGGGCUAGAGGCAUAGACUCGGCCUUCCCGACUCGACAUGCCUUGGAAGGGAAGGGCGAGGUCGAUGAAACUCUGUUUGGGCCAACCUUGGGCGUGCACCCCGACGAUAUCAAGAGAGAAAGUACGCGCGGAUGGGACUGGUACUACGACGGAGACGUCGGAGGGUCAUUCCGCAAACGACAACGCAUUGAAACUAUUGAGGAGUCUCUUGCCUACCAAAGGUAUCUACCUCAAAGGAACGAGCGCAAACAUCGCGUCCGUAUGGGUCCGCAAGCUAGCCAGCAAAUCUUUGAUGUGGGCUAUCACGAGUCCUUCGACUUUGGCAAGGCCUGGGAAAAAGCAAAACCGGGAAACAAGCCAGGAAAGGCUCGGGAAGGAUGGAUCUUGAACAUCGGCCACAAGACAAAUUGCAUGGCUUGGGCUCCCAAUCAGGAUGGGCUAUCUCAAUAUCUAGCCGUGGCCGCACCGCUUACAGAAGACCAAAAGAAUGAGCAUAGGUCUGAAGAUAGCGAUCCGUUCUCGGCGUUUCAGCCUUCUCAGCCUUUUCCUAGCGCUCUCCAGAUUUGGGAGUUCAAAGCUAAGAAGACCGAAACCGAGAGUAGGACUUUGGACAUGGACAAAAAGCCAGAGCUACGACAGGUCAUUUGUGCCGACUGGGGUGACCUGAGACGUAUGACUUGGUGCACCAUGCCCCGAUCAAAACGCGAGGAAGACGAUGAAGAAAUUAGAAAACCUAUUGGCCUGCUUGCGACGAUUUGGAGUGAUGGGAAAGUCAGAGUGCUGGACAUUUCUCGAGGUCGAGGAGCACAGAGAACAGAGUUCCUCAAUAUCCAGUCAGCUGCAUUUGAAGCAAGACCGCCUGCAACGGUAUCUACAUGUGUUACUUGGUUGUCUUCCAGCGAGCUCCUAGUGGGUUGCGCGAAUGGAUUCAUAGCAGUCUGGAACAUCACAUCCCCACGGGUUCCUGAGUCUCUACCAUUUCUUUACCGGCCCGUCCACAGCACGUACAUUCUUUCCAUCACGUGUGCAUAUCCAACCAACCCGCACAUCGUUGCUACCGUAGGUAUGGAUGGCGAGACUCGAAUGUGCUCACUCGUCGACCCUGAGUCUGAGAUGACCUCGACGGUUCGCAUGCGAGCGGCCGCUCCCUAUAUCACCUACUCCCCCAUCCUUCAGUGCUUUGUCGCUGGGGAUGAAAACGAGUUUGGUCGUAUGCUACCAAUUCGACGGUUUUUUACCACCACGAAUAUUGCCAGACUGUCCAGCAACCUCUCCGCUAUGGCACCGGCCAGCUCGUGGCACCCUUGUGCCCUGUUCGGCAGUUCCGGGGGCGAGGUUGCAGGUACAAAUCCCUUCCGACGAGUUCUAUACAACAAGGAGCAAAUAUUGCAACAAACCUGGUUUCAACAUGAAUGGGUACCAAGCUCAGAACCAGACUCUAUUGGCAUGAGUCGGUUCUUUGACGGGUUCCGGGCUGAUAACCAGAAAUUGGCCAAAUACCACACGACUGAAACGAAACCCAUGACGGGAAUGGGCACCUCCACGACCUACGACGAAGGCACUCAUGUCACAGCCCUCGGGUGGAACCCCAAUCACCCGUGUGCAGGGUGGGCCAGUGCUGCUCUGGGGUGCGGAUUGGUGAGGGUGGAGGAUCUUUCAAUCUAA